AUGGUGGCGAAUGGAGAGGCUAUUGAUGAGUGGGAUUAUCAAUUAUUUGAUGAAAAUGUUGUAAAUAGAAGUUUUUCCAAGCGUAGCAUUGCCCAACGCCGGGAAGAAAAACGUGGUUUCAAUGCUUCCGGCAUAAGUACUCCGGCGAUGUCACCGCCACCGGAUAGGGAAGCUUUUCUCACAAUACCGCCGGGACUAACUCCAACAGCAUUGCUUGACUCUCCGGUUAUGCUUCCGAAUUCACAGGCACUACAAUCUCCUACUACUGGAAGCUUUCAACAGUUCCCCAUUAUCAUUAAUCAAGAAAACUCAAUGUCCACUUCUCCUCAUGUGGUCAUCAAUGCUAAUUGUCCAAUCAACACUAAUAAUGUUAUUGAUCAUCAUCAUCAUCAUCCCCUCUUAUUCCCAUCUUCAUCAAACACUCAGAUUACAUCGAGAUAUCAUGAAUUUCCGAAAGUAACUACCUUAAAGAAGUGCAGUUCAGAUACAUCACCUCCUCUUGACAUAAAUAAUCAACAAAACAUGAGUGGUAUUAGCUUAACAAAUACUACUAAGCUAGAAAAUUGCCCUUUAAGAGGUGCAAUGAAUCCAAAUAUUACUAAUUCAAUCGGACCAGAUGAUGGAUAUACUUGGAGAAAAUAUGGUCAGAAAUCUGUCAAAGGUAGUGAAUUUCCUAGAAGCUACUAUAAAUGUACUCAACAAAAUUGCUUUGUGAAGAAAAAAGUAGAACAUUCUCUAAAUGGACAAAUUACUGAAAUUAUCUAUAAAGGGGAACAUAAUCAUCAGAAAUCUCAACCUAUUCGACGUGCAACAAUAAGUUCAAAGUCCUGUGAUUUAACAGGGAUAUCAAAAAAGAAUGAAGGAAAUGGUGGCUCAAAUAUUUAUAGGAAUAUGCAAUUUGAAGGCAAUAAGAAUGUUAGAGCUCUUUCAAGUCUGAAAAGAACAUAUUCACCAUCUAUUUUGACAAAGGUUUCUGAUUCAUUAAUAUUAAAUAAUUCAAAUAUCAAUAUGAAUGUGUUUGAAAUACCCGAAACUAUUCAUGAGCCUUCUUCUACACUUGUAAGUUGUGAUGAUGAAGAUGAAGAUGAAGUUAGAGCCACGGAAGGGAUCAUUUCCCUAGGUGAUGAUAUUGAUGAUAAUGAAUUUGAACACAAAAGGAGAAGAGACUAUUACCCAACUGAAAUGAAUUUAUCGUCGAGAACAACAAGAGAACCAAGAGUGAUAGUCCAAAUAGAGAGUGAGAUUGAUAUUCUUGAUGAUGGUUAUCGCUGGAGAAAAUAUGGCCAAAAAGUUGUGAAAGGAAAUCCAAAUCCUAGGAGCUAUUACAAAUGUACAAGUGCAGGUUGUCCAGUAAGAAAACAGAUAGAAAGGGCACCCGAUAACAUUAAAUCAGUCAUCACAACAUAUGAAGGAAAACAUAAUCAUGAAGUGCCUUCAAUAAACAAGACAAAUGGUGUUGCGACAACUGCUACUGUUGGAAACCAAACUUCACCUUUAAUUUCAAAUGGGAAAUCUUCUAUAUUGACAUUUUCAAAAAUCCAUGAAGUUUCCAAUCUUGAAACACAAGUACAAGAUUUUAACUUCCAAUUUGAAGGAAAGCCCUUUGGAUAUACAAGACCAAAUUUUCUUGAAAAUCAACUUAAUGACCUGAGAUGUGGAGUUGUUUCACCCCUCUAUGACUUGAGAUUCCCACCUAAUUUACAAAACCUUCUAUCCUGUAAUUCAUUUCUCUUUAUUCCUACACAAAUAUCAAAUUCAUUCCCGUAUACUCUACACAUGCCUGAUUUUUCAUUGCCUAAUCUUUCUAUUGGCCCCAAUAAAGUACCUCCUCUUGAUGAAUUUCAUUUUAAUGAUUUCCAAUAA